GUUUGUUGAGUUGUCGCCCCCUAUAGUAACUGUGUAUACGAAUGAAUUUCAUUUUGUUUAUAUGAAUGAGUGUUUCAGUGUUUGUCAUACCUUUCACUCGCAGUGAUUGUCAUCGAAAUGUAUUCAUUGAAAGCCAUUUAAUUGCAAUUUAGCUAUAGUUUAGUCAUAAUUAGAGUCCAUUUGUGUUGACGAAGGAUUGUUUGGUAUUCAUUGGACUCAUAUAUAGAGCCAAUUGACACAACACUGUGUAGUGUUGAGUGCAAUCCCAGUGACCAUACUUCUCGUGUAUGUUUUGGUCAUAUGAUAGAUAAUUGUUAUCAUUUGAUGGUUGAGUAGAAUGGAGUCUUCGAGUGGAUCCGUGUCUGGCAGUCAAGGGCUGCUGUCGGCCUCAGCCAAGAAGCGGAUCAGUCCGACGGCAGCCAUAAACCCGUCGGCCAGUGAGGGUCAGGGGUCGGCCAGUGGUGUGGCGUUGAGUGCGUCGACCAGUGGUCACCAAUUGGGUCACAACAACACGACCACAAACUCUGAGCUGACGGCGCUGUUUGAGUGUCCCGUUUGUUUCGAUUACGUGUUGCCCCCUAUACUCCAGUGUCAAAACGGACACCUCGUGUGCCAGUCGUGCCGUCAGAAGAUCACGUGUUGUCCCACCUGUCGAGUGGCCAUCGGCUCCAACAUCCGGAACCUGCCGAUGGAGAAGUUGGCGUCCACUAUGAUGUUCCCCUGCAAGUACUCCCAGUCCGGAUGUGGCGCUCAACUACUCUACACCGAUAAGCCCGACCACGAGGACGCCUGUGAAUACAAACCCUAUUCGUGUCCCUGUCCUGGGAGCAGUUGUAAAUGGUAUGGCCCUCUGGAGCAAGUAAUGCAGCAUUUGAUGCAUCAACACAAGAGCAUAACGACCCUUCAGGGGGAAGACAUCGUAUUCCUGGCCACUGACAUAAACCUGUCGGGAGCUGUGGAUUGGGUGAUGAUUCAGUCGUGUUAUUCGCAUCACUUUAUGCUUGUGUUGGAAAAACAGGAGAAAUUUCACGGACACCAGCAGUUCUUUGCGGUCGUCCAACUCAUCGGUUCCCAUAAACAGGCCGACAGUUUCAUCUACAGACUCGAACUCAAUGGCCACAGGAGGCGACUCACGUGGGAGGCCACCCCCCGAUCCAUACAUGAGGGCGUUCAGAGUGCUAUCAACACAAGCGAUUGUCUUGUGUUCGACACACAUAUCGCACAACUGUUCGCAGAUAAUGGCAAUCUGGGGAUCAAUGUCACCAUAUCUCCCGUUUAGUCUUCACUUAUGUCUUCUCCACUCAAUUCUAUUCAAUUCUAAUAGUUAUUUGAAUUUCAUUUCCAAUGUGUAAAGACUUUCAAAUGUAUACUUUUUAUGACAUUAUUGUGUUCUUUAGUUACCGAUAUUCAGUCAAUAAUUAAUAAGAUUUCGUCAAAUAUUUUAAUUGUAAACAAAUUUAAUGAAACAACAGAUGCUUAUAAUUAUGAAUUUAUAAUUUGUACAAACAAUAAAUCAUAAAUUCAAAAAAUAA